AACACAAAUUCCUCUUUUCUACCUAAAACAAUUUCCCAGUGGAACGUAUUGCCUAGAGAGGUAAUCUCGGAAUUCUCAAUUCGAGCUUUCAAACGUGCCUUGCGUAAACAUCUACAGUUGUAAUAUCAGUAAUCAUAAGCCAUUUUGUUCUCUGUUUUUCCUUUUGUUUUAUUGUUUACUUUUUUCUUCAAACUUAAUUUCAUGGUGUGACGUAGUCAAGGUUAUUAGGCAACUUUUAGGACUGUCAUUUAACAUCACUCAGUUAAAAUAAAAUUGAAUUGAAUUGAAUCGAAUCGUCUAACCAGCUAUUUUUGCUAUACAAAUCUAAACAAUAGUAAUCUAAUUAAAAGUAUUACAAUUCACUACUAAAGAAAACUGUGAAAAUUAUGCUUUUUAUUUCAGAUCGCAGCGUUACUUUAAUUCCUUAAUCUUCGAAAUGAUACAUGACUUAAUUUAUCCAGGCGGUAAAAUAACACAAUUGGUUGGGUCUUGUCAGCGACAAGUACCACGUCCAGUACCAGUACCACGUCUAGUAUCAGUACCAGUACCACGUGUACUUGUUGAUGCACCAGGUCCAGUGCUUAUUGAUGGAAUCUGGAGAUUGAGCCGAUUUUGA